AUGGUCCGUAUCCCAUUCGGCCUCCGAGAGAGGCACCGGUCCCGACCGCAACGAAAGAUGCCAACCUUCUGCCUCGAAUCCGCGUGUCUCUUCUGCUGCGCCGCGGGGCCCAGCUUCUGGCACGCCAGGCGGGCAGGGAGCCCGCAAGGCUGCGACUCCACCUUGGCCACGCUCCACCCGCCGCCCUUCGACGGUCAUCAGGCAGAAUUGAAGGAAGCUGUUGAAGAAAUACUGCCGUUCUUUAAGAAAGAAAAUGUUAAAGUUUAUUACUUAAGCAAGACAUCUGCUACGGAAGGAGCUGAGAGCUUUCUUGAUAAAGUAGAUGCUGCUUCAGAUGAGCCCACUCCGUUGUCCUGGAGAUCAGAUAUAACCUUUAAAACUCCUGCCAUGUACAUUUACACUUCUGGUACUACAGGUCUUCCCAAAGCUGCAGUGAUUAACCACGGACGCAUAAUGCUAGCUUGUGGUUUGUUUGAUGCUGGCAAUGUUACCUCGGAAGAUAUUGUGUAUACUGCUCUACCACUCUAUCAUAGCUCUGCCCUCCUCGUUGGAGUCCAUGGAUGUAUCAUGAAAGGUGCAACUAUUGUUUUGCGUGCCAGAUUUUCAGCAAGCCAGUUCUGGGAUGAUUGCAGAAAAUAUAACGUAACAGUGAUACAGUAUAUUGGGGAAGUGCUUCGGUAUCUAUGCAGUGUGCCACGGUUACUUGCUGUCAUUAUUCCUUCAGGUUAUGAAGGCAGAACAGGAAUGGCAUGUAUUCGACUAAAGGAAAACUGUGAAUUUAAUGGAGAAAGUACUUACAGACACGUUAACACUCACCUUCCAAACUACGCAAGACCUCGCUUUAUAAGGAUUAAGAGUGCCAUUGAACUUACAGCAACUUUUAAGUACCGUAAAGUACAACUAGUGGAGGAGGGUUUCAAUCCAGCAGUCAUCAAAGAUCGCCUAUAUUUCCUGGAUGACAAAGAAAACCUGUAUGUACAAAUGACCCAGGACAUUUAUAACUCAGUAAAAAAACAUGACUUCAAAUUGUGAAC